CCUAAUUGCUUGCUGUAGUAUGCUUAUAUCAAAACAGACAAUCCUCUUAAUGGUUGCCCGGGCGGCUCCCUUUCCUUUGGCCAUUCCUCUCGCCGAGCUAGGUGUCCCUCGUAGUAGUAGUCGCCGCUGCCGCCAAGGCCCAGGGAAGAGGCUCCUCCAGUCCCCGCAGGCUUCCUGCUUCCCACAAGGUGCCGAAGCCGCUUCUCUGUGACAGGAACUGAGAGAGGCUGAGGAGCGGCAGGCAGGGAGGCGGUGCUGCUGUUGCGGCCGCCGUCACGACGGGCCGAAGAGGCGAGCAGCUAGCCAGCCUGCCGUGGGCCACCGGCAGCAAAGACGCCCGUAACAACCACACCCCCCACCGACCCUUCCCAUUGGGGGCCUAGAGAGAGGACGAGAAAGCGAGAGAAGCCCCCGCGUCCCUUGCCUCUUGUCCUCCUCCUUUCCCGCCCAGGCCGGGCCGGCGCCUAGCUCGUUUUCGCGCCGUCCGGGGGGUGCUGAAGCCUCCCGAGACUCCCCCGAGAUGCGACCAUGGACUGCAGGAUCAAGGAAAAUCCAAAGAGUACCUUUGAUUUGGUGCUACAGGUAAAAUGUCAAGCUUCUGAAAAUGAAGAUCCUGUGGUUUUGUGGAAGUUCCCGGAGGACUUUGGAGACAAGGAAGUACUCCUGAGUGUAUCUAAAUUCUGCUUUCCUUUUGACACUGCAAGGGUGACCCAGGUUGGACAGCACUUUACCUUUGUGCUUACUGACAUUGAAAGCAAACAACGAUUUGGAUUUUGCCGGUUAACAUCCGCAGGCAAAGUCUGUCUAUGCAUUCUAAGCUACUUACCAUGGUUUGAGGUGUACUACAAACUUUUAAAUACGCUGGCUGAUUAUUUGUCUAAAGGACAGGAAGAUGACUUGAAUGACUUGUUAGAAACCUGGUAUAGCCAUCCUGUGCCAGAGGCAAGCACGCCAAUCAGCUUAAAUUUGAACAACAAGAUCUUUUUUGCAAGUGAGCAAGUUUUGAAAAAUCAACCAUGUUUAAUAGCGCAUUCAUACUUCAUUACUCCUGAUCUAACUGGAUUACCAACAGUACCUGAAAGUAGAAAUCUUACUGAAUAUUUUGUUGCUGUGGAUGUAAACAACAUGCUGCAACUUUAUGCCAGCAUGUUGCAUGAGAGACGCAUCAUUAUUACCUCCAGCAAGCUAAGCACUUUAACUGCUUGUAUUCAUGGGUCAGCUGCAUUGCUAUAUCCAAUGUACUGGCAACACAUAUACAUCCCAGUUCUUCCUCCACACCUGCUGGACUACUGCUGUGCACCAAUGCCAUACUUAAUUGGAAUUCACUUCAGUUUAAUGGAGAGAGUGAAAAGUAAAUCACUGGAGGAUGUGGUGAUGCUAAAUGUUGACACAAACACUUUGGAAACUCCAUUUAAUGACCUGAGCAACAUACCAAGUGAAGUGGUCUCGGCCUUGAAAAAUAAACUGAAGAAGCAGUCCACAGCUACCGGUGAUGGAGUAGCCAGGGCCUUCCUUAGGGCACAGGCAGCAUUGUUUGGAUCCUACAGAGAUGCACUAAGAUACAAACCUGGUGAGCCUGUCAGUUUCUGUGAAGAAAGUUUUGUCAAGCAUCGUUCCAGCACUACUAAACAGUUUUUGGAAACUGCAGUGAAUCUUCAACUUUUUAAACAGUUUAUUGAAGGUCGGCUUGCAAAGCUAAAUGCAGGAAAAGUGUUUUCCGAUGUGUUUGAAGAAGAAAUAUCUUCAGGUGGCUUCAGUGGAGGAAAUUCAAGAUCGUAUCACCAAUGGAUGUAUACAGUAAAGAAAGGAGGAGCCCUGAUCAACACAGCUAUGAACAGAGCCAGCCCAGCUAUGAAAACAGCAUACCAAUAUGCAAAAAACCAUGCAAAACAGGGAAUAAAGGAGGUGAGAAAUAAGUUAAAACACAAGGAAACAGAAGAUGAGUAUGGAACUUGUAGUUUGGGUUUUGUGCAAUACACUCCAGUUUACACAUUGCACAAUCCACCCAGACUGAGCACAGAGAAAAGAAGACUUGCACAGACGCGGUUGGGGCAUCUUCAUACCAAUAUGUUGAACCAUGAUUCUGCCUUGGAUGAUGCUGAUGACGAGAUGGACAGAGGAAGCAAAUUGUCAUCUGAAGACAGCGAGGAAACAUCUUGUUAUUUGUAUGACAGUGAUGACUCUGGGGAAAUGGCCAAAACAUCUGCUCCCCCUGGAGAAAUGGACUUGUUGGGAGAGAUUUUGGAUACUUUGAGUACACACAGUUCUGAUCAAGGGAAGCUCUCAGGCGCAAAAAGCCUGGACUUCUUUCGGUCAAUGGAUAAUAUUGAUUACAAGAUAAUGAAUAAAUCCAAUACACCAAGUGAGAGCAAUCUGGCUCUGCUUUGUGGUGGUCAAACUUCUGAUCCAGCUGACUGGAAUCUUGGGCAAGAUGACAGCAUUCUCAGUGGGAGGCAGCUUCCUCCAUCACCAAGGAAACGUGUUCCUUCUAGUGGCUACAGAGAAUCUCUCUUCAUGCUAAACAAAGGAGGUUUCAACCAUACCUGUAGUGCUGACAAUGUAGACGUCCUUAAAACUCAUACCGAAUCUCCAAGCCCAUAUCAAGAAGCUAUGCAGUUGUGUUCUCCAGCGGUCUUUCAAGUAAAAAAGACUAGAUGGAAUGAAACGCUAAGCAGUAUCUCAACAAAUGAGAUGCCACCAAACUUGAGCCAAAAUCCAUCUACUCUAGUUCCUUGGGAAAGAGAAACUAGAAAAGAAAAUGAAAUCCUAGAAGAGGGUGGUCUUCUUCAUGAAGUGGUGUCUUUGUGUAAAAUGACUUCUGCAUUCAACCAUGGUUUAAACAUUUCAGGGGACAGGUUUUCCAGUAGCAGUGGGAAUAAAGCAUAAGAAUUUUUUUCGAGGGAAGAAAUAGUGCUCCUGACAAAGACUAAGGAAGACAACUCAGGAUUUCAUAUGACAUAGCAAACCAAAAGUUCACAAAGGAAAUUGCAGACGUACAGUUUUACUAUACUUAAUUGUUGGCCUUACAUGUGCAGUUUCUCCCUUUCGUUCUGAACAUAUCUUUUGAACAUACUUGCUGCAUAAGCUGACAAUAUGGGUAUCGUUGGGGAUGUGGCCAUAGCUCAGUGUUAGAGCACAUGCUUUGCAUGCAAAGCACCCCAAGUUCAAUCCCUAACACCUCCGGGUUGAUCUCAAAAAGACCCCUGUCUAAAACUCUAGAGAGCUGUUUCCAUCUGUGUGGAUCAGGGGUGAGGAACCUGGAACCCUCAGGCAAAUUUCAUUGGGGGGGAAUACAGAGGGGAGAGAAAAAGCCUUGCCUGCAAGCAGCAGGUAGCUCUCAAAAGAUUACCCCCAAGGGAAUGUGGCUCUCACCAGGAAAAAGGAUCCACACCCCUGGGUUGGAUAGUACUAAGCUAGAAGGACCAAUGGUCUGACUGCGUAUAAUACAGCUUCCUGUGUUCUAGAUUCAAGAUACUAGCUUGACUCUCUGUUUAAGCUACAGCUGGUAUGUGGCACCUGCUAGUUUUUACCAUUUCCCCAUCCCCUGUGCAUAAAGUAACAUAUCUUCCUGAGCGAACAAAUGCAAUGUUUUUCAUCUGGAACUUAUAAAUCCUGUCAGUCCAUGAUCUAAUUGCCUUAAAGUUUUAGGGACAGAUUUAACUAUUGUAAAGGAUGAAUUGCAAAUAGUUGGAAAAGAGAUGCCAUUAUUUCAUAGCAGUGAAGUGCUUGAACAAAAGGAAAGGUGGGUCAUUUCCAAACCCCAGGAACUCUUAUGACUAAUGGUGGUAACCCAUGUGGCCAUAUUUUGCAUAGCAGUGUGGUUAUCACAUGAGAGCCUGGUUCAGAUGAAAGCCUGCACCACAUGUUUGGCUUCCUUGAUGAUAACUGUUUUCACAUAGCCAAACAGUAUCCAUCAGUGAAAAGGAAGUUCUUGUAAUGAGUUAAUCACCAUAUGAAUGGAUUGCUAAUGGUUUCUCUGAAUUUACCCUAAAAUGGGGUUAUUUACAAAGCAAGCACUGUGGCCCUGUCUUCCAAAUCCUGAAAAGUGGUACUGUGUAUUUUUGAUCUUUUUGAAGUGCUGAAAUACAAUAUGAAGUUUACAACUUUUAAAAAGUGUUACUCACUGAUGUCGUUUUUGCAUCUGAUUUUCUAGAAAGGGAAAAGCUUGAGCAGAAUAAGUAGGUUUUUAUUGGCAUGGAAGUUCUAUGGUUUAGUAUUUCGGUAUUACAAUGAAUCCGCUGUACUUGGGUUCAUGCCAUUUUAACCUUCAUAGGUAAUGUUUAAAAGUCAUGUUAAGGAAUCAAAUCAUUGUUGGAUGUUGUGCUUGAACAAAUUCUUAUGUUUCCUUUCUAAAACAAAACAAACUGAUAGCAGCUGAAAAACAUAAAUACGCUAGUACAAAGGCCACACACAACUUCUGGGCUUAAAUAUAACCUUUAAAGAAAUGUGUCCAAUGCAACUUCACUUCCAUCCAGAGCACAGGAUUGACCUGUUACAGGAUGCACCACAAUGCUCAUAAAUGAACUUUUGAAAUUUGUCUUCUGAAAAGUCUUCUCUUAAGAGCAAAACUUUGGUUCAUAAUGUCAGUGUCCAAAGGUCCCGUUCAAAUUUGUCAGUGAAAGAAACAUUUUGUAAACUAUUGGAAGUAGUUCCACAUAUUUAUAAAGUGGAUAGUAGAUUUUUAGGUGCUAUACAAGUGACAAUUUAACGUGGAUGCCUACAGCAAUGUCUCUUUUUCAUGACCUUGCAUUGUGGUUCCUCUGUUCUCUUCCAUCUCUCAUCUCUGUUGAUGUUUAUCCUUCAAAUUAUGAAAUAACUGGUGGUGAUCUAGAUUGCUUGAUUAAAGAGAGUAGUGUUUAGGUGAGCAUUUAUUUAUAUCAAUGUGUACUAAUGCAGAUGAGGUGCAUGUUCCAGAGCCAAUGCAUUCAGGGGUUUUCAGUUCUUACCUAUGAGAAGAAUAACUCUGCCUAUGGAAACUUCCCUUUGCAAUCACAAAGGGCUUCUUUAAAAUAAAUGAGAGCGACAAAAUCCUCCAUGGAUGGUUUGUGAGUCAUAGCUAAGAAGCGGAUGGGAGGUGGGAAGAGAGAAAGCUAAGAAAUGUCUGGCAAAACAUGUAGGUUUUCAUUGACUCAAGUUGUCAGUUGAAUGUGCUUAGUGUUGCUGCGCUAAUGUCAAAUAUCACUUUAUGUAAUUCUUACAGCAACAUGAGUAAUGUUUAGUCUUGUGGAUGAACUUUUGAAAUGCAACUUCAUUUUGGCCUUGUUUGAACUUAAAGGUAUGUGAGUUUGCUAGGGCUAUUAACACUCACACUUUUAUCGCAGAUACAAUUUUUAGAAGGCUAAUAGUUGUGCCUUAUGUUUUUGCCCUGAAUAGUUGCUAGUUACCUUUCUUACUGUCAAAAAGGGCAUCAUUUUGCCAGAAGAAUCGGAAUAACAAUUUCUGAAAUCUUUAGCCAGCAACUACUCUGUUCUCCACCUAUUGUAAUGUAAAAUUCUCCAUAGCCCACAUCUGUAGCAUUUUUAUGUUUACUUUAGUGUUGUAGGAAAACAAAUUAUUCAAGUUCUGCUUCAUUACCAUGUUUUACCCACUAUGUAGUUAGUGUUCUGAAAUCACAGAUUUUAAUAUGACCACAGACUUCAGGUAAACCUUAAAGUUUCUCAGGAAUCCUAAUAAAUACAUCUGCUUUGGAUCAUCAGAUUCCUUUCUUUUCCUGUGGAAUAGUGCAUUAUUUCAUUAAAAUUUCACUUAGUUAUUUAAGACUGUAAAAGACUAUUCAGAACUAUUCUAGCUUAAUGACAUCGGGGCUGCAAACUAAUAUUUUCACAUUUUACUUUAGUUUAUUAAAUUCACCACGUUUCUAUCCAUUAUUGGAACCUAUCAUGAUAUUCCUCAGAUUUGUGGGAUAGGAAAUCAUUAAGCCCCGUGUCAUAAAUCCACAAACCUGAAAGGUUCUGACAGCAUCUAGGAUCUCUUGCUGUGUGGCCCAAAAAGGGAUCCAUCCACCAAGGGCUUUUCUUGACUACAUAUAUAUACUCCAAGAAUGGGAAAAAACUAUAGCAGUAAUGGCUUCAGAGUUGCCGAUGAAGCUAAUGAAUAAUAGACAGUUAUGCCGUUUCCUUUCCAACCCCUUGAAUAGGGCUCAGGACCACAAAAAGGCCUUUGCCAAGUUUCAGAAAUGAAAGUUGCUUAAACUAGCAGAAGAUUUUAAGUGUUCACCUGUAAUUCUAUGCAUGGAGAAUGAGCUAGAAUAAUAUGUUGGUCACAGAUUGUAAAAGUUAUGCAAAGAAAUGAAAUUCCUUAAAUCACCCAAUUUUUUGCAUAGUGUUAGAAAUAGUGAAAGAAGUUACAUUUUACUGAAACUUGUACUGUUUCCUAGCAUUUCAGUAAGUGAUAUUGCUGCUUUUUGAUUGCUAAGAGUUGGGUUAUCAAAAGCUGUCAGUACUGGCUAACUCUGCUCUCAGAGAUGUCAGCAGCAGUUUUCCAGUUGAUUGAAUGCAUAGCCUGCACUAAUAAUCACUUUUGAAAAUGUUGAUUUUCAUAGUUAGAGUACAGGGUACAAUCUACCAGAAGAUUCUCCUGCGGAAGGUCCCAUUAAAAUUAAUUUAUUUCAUUGGGGCUUUCACAGGAGAACUUCUGGUGGAUUGUACUCAAAUUAUAUUAGACAGAUUAGCUCAAGCAGAAGGAACAUCACUUUUUAUUUUCUUUUUUACAGUUUGCCCUGCAUUAGUUGUAAGCUUAGACUUAAAAGUAGGAUUUUAAAUAUUAUGCAGGAAAUGAAAAAUAGUAACUAGCUAGUUGCUAAAUCAAAAUCAUUCAUUUCCAUAAACAUCUGCUAACAUUCAUGUCCAUCUGACCAGUGAUAAUUCAGGAUCUUGCUAUGCUACAGAACUGGAAAAGUAGUUCUGUUAUAUCAAAUUUUUCUUCAGGUGUCUUUGCUCUUAAUAUGGCAAGGCUGGAGCUGAAGCUCCUUUUUCACAUCAGUGACACAAUGCUCAGUGCUUCUUGUAGCAAACAAUGAGGUUGCCGUACUCAUACUUUGAUAAAAGUGCUGUGAGUGCCAGCAUAAAACAGUUGUCAUGGGCAGCAACAACAACAAAAAAGAUGCCAUUGCUCUAUACCAGUGAGUUCCAUCACACACAAAAAUUACUGGUUAUGUUUGUGUGCCAUUCUUGCCUAUAUGGCUUGUUAGAUGUGUUAGGCCUUAAACAAGCCUAAGAUAUUUGUUUCCUGUGGUGGAAAAUCCAAUUGGUGCCUCACACAUUAACUUGGGGGCAGAGUUCAGUGGUGUGUUGUGCUGUUGUAUACUUCCAUUCAUUUCAGUUGGGUUUGUGCAGGAGGACUGGUAGCUCAAAUCUGUCUCUCUCCUCCUUGCUAUCCUUAAUAGCACCCCAAAUCUGCAGCUGAGGCAGCCACCUCAGAAUGUUGCCUCAGUGUGAGAGAGCAAAAGCAAAGGAGCAAACCUCUAAUCUCCUUUCUGCUCCUACAUGAAGUGCACUGAAUCCUGGGCAGUGCAGUGGUAGUGUUUUUCAAGAGUACUAUGACAGCUAUACCUUCUGGAAAAGGAUCCUUUUUCAGAAAACUUCUUUGACCAAAAGAUAAUAUGCCAGGAGGAGGAAUGGUCUAUCAUAUCGUAGUUGGAAUGGAUUCAGGACAAUUCUGAGUUCUUCCCUAACACCAGGCAUAGACAAAAUUGUGUGCAUGUGAGACUAUUCAAUCUCUUAAUUAAGAUUCUAGAAUCAGUAUUAAUAUGGAUGGGUUGAGGAGAGGAACAAGCACAUCAAACUGGAAAAUUUAUUCUUAGUACACAUCCUCACCCCCACCCCAAUCCCAGCUAUCAUGAUACAUCUGCAAUCCUAUACACAUUUACCAGGGACAAAGUUCCAUUGAACACAAUAGUAUUUAUUUCUAAAUGGACAUGUAUAGGGUUACAUUGUAAAGGAACUACCAGGAUGUGAAGGAAAGUGCUGGAUUUCAACAAAAGAUGGAUUUUGUGCAAUAUUUUUGCUUUCUUUAUUGUGUAUGUGUGUUUUAAAAUGUGAUUUAUUUUGACAACUAUAAACAUCUGCUUUCUCAGUAGGUCUUUGAGAUUAAUUUUUUCUGGGGUGGUUUUUGUUUUUGUGUGUGUAGAGUUACAUGUAGCAUUUAAUUACAGUUAGUCGAUAAAGUACUGUACAUUGUUAGUAGACAAAUGGCAUUUCUGUUGACUGAAAAUAACCAGUGAUGCCACAUUGUUGUGCUAUAAUUACAAACAAAAGCUUUGCCAAUUACUUAAUAUAUAACAGAAACACACAGCUGAUAAUAUCUGUAUUCCACACUGUACUUUAUAAGUACACACCAGGAUGGUUUUUGUGUUUACUUUACCUGGAAAUUUGGUUGCUUAUUUUCUGUCCUUCCAACAAGGAAAAUAAUUUCUGUUCCAUACAAUUGAUGCUAGGUGACAACUUAUGGCAGAUAUUUAUAGCUUCAUGAUUCAGCAUGUGGCAUCCCUAAUUGUUUUAAAUGAUUGCUCAGAUCAAUAGAUGUUGCCAGUAUCUUUUGAAUUGUUUGUUAAUUAUGUACAUUUUUAUAUCCAUGUAUUUGAUGUACAUUUUCUUCUCAUGGCCAAGUGUUUAUCAAGAGCUAUUUUAAAUUAACAUACUUGAAUAACUGAAGCACUGUGUAAUCUAGCUCUGGAUCCAACUUGCCAACGAAGCAUUGUGGUCAAUUUGCUUUUCUGUAAACACAUGCUACCUGUGAAGCUAUUUCAUUGGUGCAGUGAAAAUCUAGCAUGCUUGAACUUUUGCCUUGAAGAAGAGAAGGAAAAAUGUCUCUGCCUUGAACAAAACAAACUACCAUAUAUCUGGCCUUAUCUCCAAACAUUUUCAUAACCAUCUUUUAUGCUGUUUUGGAGUGAUCCUUGAUAUAGAACUCUGAUAUGGGCAUUGUAGAAUAAAUAAUGGUUUGAAUUAGAAUGUGUUUCUUGAUCUCUUCUAACAAUGCAGAGCUACCUAAAUGAAUCAAAACUGAAUUAUAAAGCCAGCUAUGGUUGUUUCUUUAAAAAAAUAUCAAAACUGCCACCAUAUUUAGGACUUUGAUCUGUCCUGAUGCACACCUUAGCUUAGGUAAUAUAAGGUUAUCCUCUAGGGCAUUGGUUUCAGCUGAGGGUGCCAGGUCCAUAUUCUUGCCUAAGUUGUGUUACACCAGCACCAUUUAAAAAUUAAUUUAAAAGAAAAGAGGGCUGGGGGGGAAGAGAGUGAGAGACCAAUUAAAGGCGUAUGGAGUUCCUUUACAGUUAACGGAAGAGAAAUUCAGCAGGUGCAACUUCUCAGUUCAUCUCACUCUUGCCUGACAAGCUUGCAUCUCCUCUUGUACAGCUGCUGAACUAUAGUGAUCCUAUCCUUCUUGUACUUAAAACCAAGAAGAAUGGAGAGUAGCUGGGGGGAGGAACCACGGUUCAGUGGUAGAGCAUCUCCAGGUAUGGCUGGUAAAGAGUCCUGUUUUGAAACCCUGAGCCACUGCCCGUCAGUGUACUGAGGUAGUUGGACUGAUAGUCUGAUUCAGUAUCAGGAAGCUCCCUGUGUUCUUAUAAACAUAUACCUGGGUAUUGUUAAAAAUCAGUUCCAUGUUGCAGGUUGGGGUUAAGGAACGGUCUGCAAGUGUUGGACUACUGUCCUAGAGUUUAAAGACUGGAACUUGAGUUCCUGUCCAUAGCACCUCUGUAUGCACUUUAAAUCAACCGUUGAUGUCAGUACAAAGUAUUUGGUGAAGUCUACAUUGCCGUAAAGUGCCCCACUGCAUAAUAUGAAAUUAAAAACAAUU